AUGUCAAAAAAAUAUUAUGAAAAAUUAUUAUGCGAUAUUCAAAAUCAAUCCAAACCCGUGGAGUCAAAAUUCGGGUCGUACAUUCUUCAAAAAUUUGGAUGGGAAAAAGGCAAAGGGUUAGGGAAAAACGAGAAUGGGGAUGUUAAUAUUAUGAAAAUCAAAAAAUAUGGAGAACAUGGGCUGGGAUAUAAAGAACAAAAUGAAGAACACGACAAAAUGUGGUGGGAAAAUAUGUACAAUAAUUGUGCAAAAAAAAUAAGUACUAAUGAUAAUGACAAAGAUGAAGAAUUAAAAAAUAAUAAAGAUGAAAAUCUUAAGUAUUCUAUUUUUGUGAAAAAAAAUAAUUGUAUAAUAAGUGCAUUUUGUGAAAAUUAUCCCCAAAACUCUCCAAAUGAAAAGGAAGACAAUCAUAAUAGUCACACAAAUAGUGAUAAUAAAAAUAGUAAUAAAAAUUGUAACGAUUUUAAAUCAAAGCACAAAGAAAUAAAUAAAGAGAAACAUAAAAUGAAUAACCACUUAGGUAAUAAUAACUUUUAUAAUAAAAAAAAAGUGGCCAAUAAUAAUAACAACUUCAUGAUGAAUAAAUCAAAGAACAAAAAAAAAUGGAAAAAAAUGUAA